UUAGCCAAUACUAAAACGGUCACACUUGCAUACUUUCUGUAAACAUAAAUUUUUUGUCACAAUAAACAUAAAUUAAAUAUUAUUAAAAAUGAGCGGAGCUCAUCGGGAAGCUGUUCAGAAGCAAAUUCAUCAAGAUUGGGCAAACAGAGAAUAUAUUGAAGUCAUCACAGCCAGCAUAAAACGAAUUACAGAUUUUCUAAAUUCAUUUGAUAUGUCCUGUCGAUCACGCUUAGCGGUACUUAAUGAAAAACUUACAACUUUGGAACGACGUAUAGACUACUUGGAAGCCUGUGUAACCCAAGGGGAAACACUAACGUAAACAUAUAAUAUGUAGAAAUCUAAGUACAUUAUACAUUAUGACUUUGCUUAUUAAAUACAUCAAAAUAUACACAACAUAAAUAAUUAUUUAA